GGAGGCGACGCGCGACGAGCAGAAGUGCAUCACACCCCUAUGGAGAUACCAAGGCACGGGUCUUAAGAUGAAAAAUGUCCUUCACUGGUAGCAGCUACCAUUGGCUGUGGCCGAAACUUCGAAGCUGGCAUGCAAGGCCUCCGAGAUGACCGCCGGCGGCGUCUCGGCAAUACGCGCGCAAUUUCUCGAGAGCGCGUGGCAUGAAGAUUCGAAGGUCGUGUGCCUGGUGCUGCCGCGACCUUUGUCCUACUGUCGUUUUUCUACGCUACAAGCGUCGCAGCGUCAACCCGCACCCGCCUCGCUGCGACGACCUCGGACGAAGAGCCCCGUCACUGGACAAUGGACGCGGUGGGCAUCCCCAUGGACGACGUCAUGCUCCGUUUCCGGAUGCACACCAUCGUGUACCUGUCCUUCGGCCUCCGCUUCUUCGGCCUCCUGCUGAGCUUUGCCGCGCCCAUUCUGCUCUGGGGCGCCACAGCGAGCACGAACUCUUGCGUAGUCUACGACCUGCUGCCCUCGGUGGACCUGGUGACGGGCGUGGCGCCGCAGCGCCACGUGUGGAGCCUGGCGCUGCUGCUGGACCUGAACCCGCGGCUCGUGCUCGCCUUCCUGCACUGGCACUACCUGGGCCGGCGCUCCGUGCUAGUGGCGGCCCCGGAGCGCUCGCUCUUCGCGCUGGUGACCCACGCGGGACUGGCGCUGCACGUGGCCGAGACGCUGUCGCUGAGCCUCGUCUCCGGACUGCGCAACUACCAGGAGUACCCAGCGCACGAGCGCAUCUACACCCACUUCGUUGUCUCCUCGCUGAUGUUCAUGCUGAGCGCGUGCCUGUCGCUGCGCAUGUGCCAGCAUGAGCAGGGGCACAAGGCACGUCGGUCGCUACGCCUCAAGCUGUGCCUGGUCACCUUGGCAGGGGCGGUGGCCGCGGCCAUGCUCGUGUACGUCAACGAGCACCGUGCCAACUGCUCCGGAAAAACAGCAGAAUCGUGGUUCCCGGUGUGCCAGUGGGUGUACGCCAUGUGCCACGUGGCCUUCCACUUGACGUUCGUCUACGACAUUCCGAACCGAGAGGUCAUCGUGGGCACGACCCGGCGGAGGGCACUGCGCAGGGACAGCCGACACGGCUGACGAAACACGCCUCUCUUCGCCCACCGACUUCGCCGUUUACUGUUUAUUUACAGACUUUACCAAUACAUGCUUUCUGUUUGUC